GGGGUUUUGGGGGUGGGGGGGGGCCCCCGGGGGGGGGGAACGGGGGGGGGGGGGGGGGGGCCGUGGGGGUCGCCCCCCCGCCCUGAGCCCCCCGUCCCCCCGCUUCUCCGGGCAGAGCUGUGCCGCAUCAACGAGGACCAGAAAGUGGCGCUGGACCUCGACCCCUACGUGAAGAAGCUGCUGAACGCGCGGCGCAGGGUGGUGCUGGUCAACAACAUCCUGCAGAACGCCCAGGAGCGGCUGCGGAGGCUGAACCACAGCGUGGCCAAGGAGACGGUGCGGAGGAGAGCCCUGCUGGAGGCCGCCGGCGGCUACCCCCAGGGCCUGCCCGGCAAGUGAGGCUCCUGCCGCGGCACCGGGCCGGGUCUGUGGCGGCCGUGCCCUCCCCCGGGGCGCUGGGACGGAGCGGGAGCAGCACCGAAAGCACCGGGCGCUGCCUCACCGGGAGCGGGCACGGCUGAGGGGAGCAGGAAUCUGAAUCUGCA